GGAUUUAUCGAGUUCAGUCGAACUCCGCGAGUCUUUUUCCAGUGUUCUGAAUCUAAAUCAGGUCAUUUCUAUCUGCUGCGUCCCUUCUGCAUUUGUUUGCGUCAGCGCGCAGAUUUGUGGUGCGCGAAGGAGGACUUUUUUUUUCCCCCGGAAAACACUUUUGUUUAUGUUUUUUUAAGCUUUAUUUCGCACAGCCUAUACCUGUGUUGUGUUUCCCGACUCUGCAUGCCUGCACUCCUCUCCACGAUGGACCUGGUUUGGAUUGUUGGCUUGGUUGUGAGCGCGUGCGCCUGGUUUGCGUCAGCGGAGCGGCACAGCGUCUUCUGGAACAGCACCAACCCAAAGUUUCAAUGGGACAACUACGCCGUGGAGGUGAAGCUGAACGACUACCUGGACAUCGUCUGCCCCCAUUACCCUCAGGGUGAGGUGCCACUGCUGGACGCCGAGCGCUACGUGCUCUACAUGGUGGAGCGGGAAGACUACGAGUCCUGCAAGCCCCAGUCAUACGAUCAGAUGCGCUGGGAGUGUGGCCAUCCCUUUGCCCCUCACGCUCCUGAGAAGUUCUCCGAAAAAUUCCAGCGUUUCACCCCGUUCACUCUGGGAAAGGAGUUUCGUCAAGGAGAAAGCUACUAUUAUAUCUCUAAACCUUUGCACCAUCAUGGCAAAGAGUGUCUCAGGCUCAGGGUGGAUGUCAUUGCGGCGGAUGGAUCUCAAGAGGCUAGAGUGGCUAAAGGAGGCACAGAUGGGGCUGCAGUCGGAGCAGGGGGGGGCGUUCACAACCCCUCCAACAGACUGCCCGCAGCAGAUGACCCGGUGGUGAUCCUGCCGGACGUCCAGAAGAGCGUCCGGACGAACUCCGGCGUGGUUGCAGCAUCCCUCUCCACCCUCUCGCUGCUGGUCCCCCUCUCGCUGUUGCUUUUGUUGCACUGAAGUCCUGCUGGGGAGACCACUC